UUACUGAGUUUGUAUUACACCAGUCGCGUGUGAACUCCGCAGUGGUUUUUUUUCUCUUUGUUUCUUCUUUUUCGCUGGAAGAGCUUUUUACCUGAAGGUUAUCUGAUACUUGAGGGAUUCCUCAUCGUCGAGCUCUUUAACAAAUCUCUCCUCUCCGGUUAGGCGCGCAACAUAUCCUUCCACCCAGCGCAAAAAAUGGCGACAAACGGUAACGUUGGUCACUUGGACCAAUUUUCAUCAUCCUCUACUGCUGCCGCGUCCUCUACUGCCAUCCCUUCUGCCGACCAAGCGAGCAACACUAGCUCCAACAACAAUCUUGGAAAGGAUGAAGUCGCCUGGUUUUUCGUUGAGCAAUAUUACACUACCCUAAGCAAGAAUCCAGAGAAGCUACAUCUGUUCUACGGAAAGCGCUCUCAGUUCGUCUACGGCCUCGAGGCUGAAGUCGCCAAUGUUUCUGUUGGCAGACAGAACAUUCAAGAGCGCAUCAAGCAACUUGAUUUCCAAGAUUGCAAGGUCCGUGUCUCCAAUGUCGACUCUCAAGCUUCCUACGACAACAUUGUCAUCCAAGUCAUUGGUGAGACCUCCAACAAGGCCGGCGACCCGAAGAAAUUCGUUCAGACUUUCGUUCUUGCUCAACAGCCGUUUGGAUAUUUCGUCUUGAAUGAUAUCCUCCGGUACAUAGACGAGGAGAGUGAAGAGGAGCCAGUCGAGACUGUUCAGGAAGAGCAAGCAGAGCCUUCUACUCAGGCCGUCCCAGAGCCUGUAGAAGAGCCAGAGGCGCAACCAGAGGAGAACCCCGAGAAGCCAGCAUUGAUCGAUACCGGUGUUAUUGACAAGAAGCUAGAGGAAGUUGACGCAACCCCCAAAGAGACUGCCCCUAUCAAUGGAGUUGUACAAGCCGAGACAACCACUGGUGAAACGACUGCAGCCCCAGAGGCGGCUAAGAAGCCGGAGGCUGAGGCAAUUCCAGAUCCCGAAGUUGCCACCCAAGAACUCGCCGAAGAAGACCUUAAAGAGCCCGAGAAGCCUGCUGAUCCAACACCGACGCCGGCGCAGACACGACAGCCUCCCGCGCCAGUUGCAGCUGCAGCUCCAGUUCCGGCUCAACCAGCCAAGCCGAUGACUUGGGCUAGCCGCGCUGCUGCCGGCGCUGCCGGUACCGGCCCUCGACCUGCACUCCCUCUCACAACCAAGGCGCCAACUCCUACCCCCGCUACGCAAUCACGUCCUCCUGUUCCUACCGCUACCGCAGUUACCCCUGCAGCCCCUUCACAAGCUACCCAGUCUGCUCAGCCUGCCACAUCUCAGUCAUCUGCCCCAGCCCAAAGCUCCGAGGCCACUUCUGCCGUUACCAUGCCAGCCAAAGAAUUUUCCACGGAGUGGCAAACCGCUGGCAGCGACUCGAAGCGGCAGAACCGACCCCAGUCGAUCUCGGGAACCCAAACUGAGAAGGAGGGUACCAUGGGGUAUGUCAAAUAUGUCACGGAGAAGGUGAAGCACGAGGAUCUAAGGACAGCUUUGGCACAGCAUGGUGAGCUGGUCUACUUCGAUAUCAACCGCCAAAAGAACUGCGCCUUUGUCGAAUUUGCUACCCCGGCAGGAUAUCAGGCUGCUGUGGCAGCUAACCCACACGUAGUUAGCGGAGAGAACAUCGUGGUGGAGCCCCGACGCCCUAAAGCAGGUGCUUAUGGUGGUAGCAACUACACUACCAGCCGAGGGAAUAUGCAAAACCGCUCGGGACGUGGAGGUUUCGAUGGCCAAUCCAGAAGCCAGGGUGGACGAGGCAGUUUUGGAGGCCAGGGUCGUGGUAGAGGCGGUGGCAGUGGUGGUGGCGCACCUCGAGGUAGAGGUGCUGCUCAGCCUACGAACGCAUAAGGGCCUCGUUGAAGACUCAGGUGUUUACAAGGUUGAGUAGGUGCUGGAUGUCUGGGGACUCAGAAUUCCUCAAGAACUUGGAGUUCUUUGGGGACUGAAAUUCUCGACAA